CCGAAGCUUUUCAGAGAGGAGAGAGCGAGCAGGCAAGCAUCAUGGUUUCGAGGGAGCACAAAAGAGCAGUUUUAUAUGAGAAGCUGCAAUUACUUCGUUCUGUUACAAACUCUCACGCACUAAACAAAACUUCAAUUAUAGUGGAUGCAUCCAAGUAUAUAGAAGAGUUGAAGGAAAAGGUAGAAAAACUUAAUCAAGAUAUUGCGGCUGCACAGAACUCAUCAAAUGAUCAAACUCCAUUACCAGUGCAGGUCACAGUAGAAACCAUAGAAAAGGGUUUCUUAAUUAAUGUGUUUUCAGAGAAGAGUUGCCCCGGUUUGCUUGUCUCUAUAUUGGAAGCCUUUGAGGAACUGGGUCUGAACGUGCUCGAUGCUAGGGUUUCUUGUACUGACAGUUUUCGUCUAGAAGCAGUUGGAGGAGAAGGUCAAGGGCAAGUUGAAAGCAUAGAUGCUCAAGUGGUGAAACAAGCAGUUUUGCAAGCCAUCAAGAACUGGAGUGAAAGUAAUGAUCAACAAGAACAAUAGAGAACAAAGAUCUCUUUUGUUAUAUUUCCUUUGCUUCUGUUUUACCUAAUUUUCUGGGUUUCUUUCCCCUUUGAGGAGAGUUGUCUAAUCAAGCAAAAUAUUAAUCUUCUGCGUGAUCAAGUUACCCAUGGUUCUUUUGGUGCAAAUUUUACAAUUGAAGUCCGGGACACCAUAAUGGAAGUGAUUUAUAUAUAUAUAUAUAGACAGUAAUAAGAUCAAUAUGAGAUUCCUUCUAAA